AUGUUGAAAGACAAGUGCAUAUGUUUGAUAUGUCAAAUAACAAUAUCCACAACAAAAAAAGGUAAUCUAGGAAGACAUUUUAGAACUACGAAUUCAAAAUUUGAUAUAGAUUUCCCUCCUAAAACUGAAGUACGUAAAAAGCAAUUAGAAAAAUUAAAACUUGAAAUUGAUAAACAACAAUUGAUUUUUACUAAACCAGUUUUAAAAUCCAAAGCAGCAACAAUUGCUUCAUUUCAAAUUAGUCAUGUUUUAGCUAAGAAUAAAAAAUCAUUUCAAACCGGUGAAAUAUUAUCUCGUAAAACUGUGACUAGAAGAGUAGAAUCUAUAGGACAAAAUUUAGUUGAAAUAUUAAAACAAGACAUCAAAGAAUGUGUUUAUUUUUCACUUCAAUUCGAUGAAUCAACAGACAUAACAGAUACCGCUCAACUAUUUUGUAUUACGACUGAUGGGGCUCCAGCUAUGAUAGGUAAAAAUAAUGGUUUUAUUGCUUUGUGUAAGAAUGAUAAUAAUUUUCCAAAUUUUAUAACGUUCCAUUGUGUGAUACAUCAACAAGCAUUGUGUGGAAAAAUAUUGAAUACAAGUAGUAUAAUGGACAUUGCUUUUAAAAUAGCCAAUUCUAUACGUUCACGAAGCUUGCAAAGGCGACUUUUUAAAUUAAAAUUAGAAGAAAACAAUUCUCAGCAUUGUGAUUUAUUACUGCAUACGGAUGUUAGAUGGUUGAGCCGUGGUAAAUUUCUAGAAAGGUUUCAAUGUUUACUUCCUGAAAUAAUAGAGUUUUUAAAAUCCAGAGGCGAUAAUUAUGAUUGUUUAACAAACAAUACAUGGCUUCAGAACUUAGCUUUUUUAACAGAUAUAACGGCUCAUUUAAACACUUUAAAUGUUGAACUUCAAGGAAAAGAUGGGACAAUAAUUGAGAUAAUGAGUUCUAUAAAUGGGUUUAAAUCAAAAUUGAUAUUACUCAAGUCAUAA